UUAUUCGAUCAAAGGUCCUUUUCCCUUUACAUCACAACUCAUUCAAGUUUCAAGUUUCCAACACUGUUUAAAUUGCCAGUAAAAUGAUUUUGAGUGCCGUGCUGCCUGUGAUUCUGCUGAUUUCGACCAUGGCUUACGGCUACAACUACUGCAACAACAAGACCCACAGGUGCAUCCUGCUGAAUACCCAACACUUCAUGUGCAGGCUGGACAAGAUUCCUUCGCUGGGCGGCACCCGGUACCACGCCAUCGUGCCGGAGACUCCAAAACUGCGAACCGAGAUUCUGCGGAUCAUCAACAAUUUUCGAAACCAGUUUGCCAGCGGCGCAUUCAGGACGAGUGAGAACAGGACCUUCGCGCAGGCCAAGCGGCUGCGCCAGAUACUGUGGGACAGCGAGCUGGCGUACAUGGCCCGCUGCCACGCCUCCACCGUGUCCUUCCAGCACACCAAGUGCCGCUCAACAGUGCGGUUUCCCAGGGUGGGUGAGUGCCUGGCCAUGAUGGUGCCCAAGUACAAGCACUCCGUUCGCGAGGCAUUGAACAAGAUGUUCCAAAUUAUGUUCGACGAGCAUCUGCACAUUCAGGAUCCGGGGGCUCUGCUCCAGGGCUUUCACCCCAUCAGGGACUACGUCUGCGCCCACUUCACCAUCAUCGUCAGCGAUCAGGUGUCGCGCGUGGGGUGUGGAAUGGCCGUCGGAUCCAACUGCCGCCAAGGGUCCAGCUCUAACUUCUGCCACUUCCUGACCUGCCACUUCGACUACGACAACGUGAACGGAUCGUACGUCUAUAAGGCAGGCAAGCCCGCCUCUUCCUGUGGCGACUGGGGCACCACCAGGUCCAAGGAGUUUGCGAAUCUGUGCGAUAACAAUGGUAACAUCUUCCCACCUGAUCAAUAGGAUCCUUGAGGGCCUCGGGUUUAGUGCGUUCGUAUAUUGAGAUAUCAUCUGUACUGGAGAUCGCCAGUUCGUUUCCUUUAAAA